UUGGUGACGUUUCCCCGCCCUCGCAGCCAGGCGUUCUGCAGAACACCGGGUCCUCUCAUGAAUCUUUUUUUAGGGAACUUUCGCUUCCUGGCUCUUGCCCGUUUCCGCAUUGUUGCGCCUCUUCAGCCACUAGAUGCCCGAAGCGUCUCUCCUCUCUUUGACGUGUGAGCGAUUUAUUCUUUUCUAGCUCUCCUAACAGACGCUUCUCCUCCGGAUCGGAGUCCCAUAUUUUUUUGUUCCUCUUGUGUCCGGAACCGAACUGCGCGCAAAACAUGUCUCAGCCGCAGCAGCUACGAGACGAGAGUGACUUUGACCAGCUGCCAGACAACAUCCCCAUCAGCGCCACCAUCGCUGACAUCGAGGAGAAAAAAGGUUUUAUUGAUUACUUUAGGUUUGUGGUGGAGGUGAAGACAAAGGGAGGCAGUAAAUAUCUGAUCUAUCGGCGCUACAGAGAGUUUUUCAGCCUCCACCAAACCCUGGAGAGCAAAUACUCCCCUGAUGACCCGGACCGGCCCGGGCCCAACAACAGCUGCGUCCUGCCUCCUCUUCCAGGAAAAAUCUACAUCGGCAACAAAAAGGAGAUUGCAGAAAACCGGAUCCCUGAACUCAACACGUACAUGAAGAGGCUGCUUGGUCUUCCAACAUGGCUGCUACUUGAUGAUACUCUCAGGAUGUUCUUCUACCAGACGGAGCAAGACAGUCAGCACGCGCCUCGGGCCCUGAGGCGUCUUCGUCCACCCACCCGCAAAGUGAAAACAGUAAAAGAACCAAAGAUGGACCUCUUCUCCUCCCCCAGGGCAGAGGCAAUGUUUGACUUUCGCGGGAACGGCAAGGCAGAGUUAAACCUGAAGAGGGGAGAAGUGAUCUUCCUGCUGCGACGAGUCAAUGCCGACUGGCUGGAGGGGACGGUGAACAAUCAAACAGGUAUUUUCCCAGAAUCCUUUGUGAAGAUUAUUAAGCCCCUCCCAGAAAGUGACUCUGAGGGUGAAGGCGGGGGCCACACCUACAGCUGCCUCCGCUGUUUCCUGCUCACCCCAUCCGGAGUGGAAACCAGAGACGUGUGUGUACAAGAGGCACUCACCAUCCAGCCAACGUACAGCGAACUGGUGUGCCGCAUGAGGAAUGUCUUCAAGGUGGACGACAUCGCCCUGAACUACCGCGACCCCGAGGGCGACCUCAUACGCCUUCUCGACGACGAGGACGUCCAGCUGAUGAUCAAGGAGGGCAGGCGUCAGCAGGGCCGAGUCCAGAGGCCGGUCAACCAGUUUCCAUGGGAACUGCAUGUGAGCAUGGCCUCUGACCUCUCAGUUUACGGCUCUGAGCCCUGAGAGAAAUAUUUAAACGUGGCGCAAGACAGAAGGAAGUAUGGGAGCUAAUGAUCGCUGCUGUACGUUUAUUCCUGACGGGUCCAAACAUUUCACUUAGCAGAAUAAACUAAUUUCAAAUCA